AUGGCGCCUCGCAAGCCCCGUUGCAACUUCAAGGAGUGCAAGGAAGCCGCCCAGCGGAUCGUGGGCGAUUGCAGCUUUUGCGCCGGUCAUUUCUGCUCCAAGCACCGCAUGCUGGAAGCCCACUCAUGUAGCGGUCUGGAAGACUGCAAGAAGGAGUCCCAUGCUCGGAAUGCCGACAAGCUGAACAGCGAACGAACGGUUGUCGUUAAGGGGGUAUGA